GUGGGAUCAGGUGAUCUGCUCCCCCUCCAGCGUGCCAGGGGAUCCCAUCUCUCCCCGGAUCCGUCCCAUGCUGGGAUCCAUUCCCUGCCAUGGGAGGGUUUCGCUGCCGUACUGGGAAUCUGGUCUGUGCUGGGAUCUGCCCCCCCCCCCAGGGAGGGAUCCACUGUCCCCAGCCUUCCCUUAUCCCCUUCCUGCUCCCAAUCUGUCCCGUGCUGGGAUCUCCCCUCCCUCCAGGAUCCCUCCUGCGCCGGGAUCUGCCCCUUCCCCCUCACCCCCCGUGCAGGAUGCGGCCUUCCUUCCCCUCCCUCCUCGCCCCCAGGGAUCCAGCCCUAGCCGAAGGGGGUCCCCAGCACCCCCGGGGCGAGGGUCACGGCCAGUGCCGGGAUCCACUCCGGGCAGGAUCCCAAGGAUCCGGUGCCCGCAGGUGGCAGAUGCGCCUACCGGGGGUGCCGGGGCCAUGCGGCUGGUACGAUUCCGGGGGUCCGGGGGGGGCGAGCCCCGGCUGGGGCUGGAGGAGACGGCCGGAGGGAACGUGGUGGACCUGAGCGCGGCGGAGCCGGCGCUGCCCCGCUCCACGCGUGCCUUCCUGGAGACCGGCCCCAGCGGCCUGGCCGUCGCCCAAAGGGUGCUGGAGUCGGGCCGGCACCGGCUGCCGCGGGAGAUGGUGCGGCUCCUGGCACCCGUCGGGGACCCGGAGAAGGUGAUCUGCGUGGGGCUCAACUACCGCGACCACUGCCUGGAGCAGGACGUCAAGAUCCCCAAGGAACCCAUCAUCUUCAGCAAGUUCCCCAGCGCCAUCACCGGCCCCUUCGAUGACAUCGUGCACCCCGAGGAGAGCAACGAGGUGGACUGGGAGGUGGAGCUGGCCGCCGUCAUCGGGAAGAAGGGGCGACACAUCGAGGAGGCGUCGGCGCUGGACCACGUCGUGGGCUUCACGGUGGCCAACGACGUCAGCGCCCGGGACUGGCAGAUGAGGAGGAACGGGAGGCAGUGGCUGCUGGGGAAAACCUUCGACACCUUCUGUCCCCUGGGGCCGGCCCUUGUCACCAAGGAGGCGGUGGGAGACGUCCACAACCUGAGGAUCCGCUGCAGCGUCAACGGGCGGCUGAUGCAGGACAGCAGCACCAGCCAGCUCAUCUUCCCGCUCCCCAAACUCAUCGCCUGGGUCUCCCGGUUCGUCACGCUGGUCCCCGGGGACAUCUUGCUGACGGGAACCCCUCCUGGUGUGGGGGUCUUUCGGAAGCCCCCCGUGUUUCUUAAGAGAGGAGACGAGGUGCGGUGCGAGAUCGAGGAGCUGGGCGCCAUCUGCAACAAGGUGGUGUGAAGACGGGAGACGCCAAAACCUCACCCCCAUGCGGCUGCCUUCCCCCCCCCCCCCCCUCCCCGAUCCCACCCCGCGGGGUUCAAUAAAAUCCACGAGCCGGG